AUGUUAUAUGACAAGCCAUUAGUAGUAAGUUUUUUACUCUUUUGAACUCUGUGCUUGAGUUACUGCAGUUUUACUGUAGCAUACAUUGUUUACAAUUUUCAAAUUUCUUGGGACACCCUGUAUAAUACUUCACCGCUAAAAAAAAUGUCACCCGAGGUCUAAAGCCCAACUUGGGCCUACUCUUGUCUUCGCCUUAUCUUAACCUUACCGUAAACCUGUCUUAGUGCCUUAUCUUAACCUUACCGUAAACCUGUCAUUAAAGUAUUCUUAGGUUUUAUUACUAGUGUAUAGAAUUAUUUUACUCAAAUAUUAAAAAACCGGGUUAUACUUCAGACGUACGAGGCACUAGACAGAGAUAUGGGCGCUGUACAUCCUACUGGUUACAUUGAUUUGAUGACCCGGAUUGGUGAUAUUACUAAAACUACAGUUGCGCGUAUGGUGUUGUAAGUUUUUUCAUUUUUACUGUGAAUACAAAUUAGAUUUUAAAGUUGCUUUAAAAUGCCUAAAGCUAGGCUUAGAACUCAGGUUUUAAGGUUAUUUUUAAAUAAAAUUAAAAAAAUGAAAUAAAAAAAAUAAAAAAAAUAAUUUUAAAAAAAAUUUUUUGAUAAAAAAAAUAAAAUUUGAAAAAAUUUUGUUUUUGAAAAUUUAGUAAGCACAAAUGCAACCCAGAUGGAAGUUUCGUUGCGCGUCACUCAGUUUUCCCAGUUCAUCCUGGCAAUGGCAAACGUUGGUAUCGCUGCCCAUUCAUUGUCUGCCUUGAUGUUGGUGAGAUCGAAUUAAGUGAGCUAUUGUAUACAGAUGAUGGUGAUGCAAGUGAUAAGUGGUACCCACCACUGCCGCUCUUUAAUUACGAGCAGAUAUUGUAA